AUGAUGAAAAAUUUGUAUUUACAAAUUUUUGUCGUCUUUUUGCUGUCAACGGCACAUUCGCGUGGAUUUGGUCCCGGAACGAUUCAAGUUGACAGGAACUGGAAUAUUCAGGAAGCGACGAAAGUUGGAACUUUAGUGAAAACUGUUCAAGUGUCUGGAAUUAACAGGAAUGUGACAUACUCGCUUGAGAAUGACGAAAUGCUUAGUCGAGAUUUGGAUAAUCCAUUUUGGAUAGACCCGAGUACUGGAUAUGUUUACUUGAAUAAGAGUUUGGAGGGAUGGAAGACACCGAAUCCAUUCAUCCUCUCAGUAGCAGCCGAUGAUGGCAGCAUUCCAGUCAAAAAUCAAGUUCUAGUUCGAAUCAUUCCAACAAAUGGCCCACAAAUCAUCAACAGCUUUGAGCCACCACACAAAGCAUUUCCAGUUCUUCCAGAUUUAUCAUCCCUUCCAUACCCGCCAAUUCCAUUUCCAAAUGGUCAACCAAUCUCAAGACCACAACCAUCAACAAGACGUCCACAACCUGAUAUAAAUAUAGUCAUAAGACAAAAUAAUACAUACGUUGAAGGAUCAACAAUAGAACCGACAACGGAACCAACUAAGAAGACAACUACAACAACACCGGUUCCAACAACUAUAACAACAUCAACAACAACAGAGGCUGCAAAGACAAAGAUUGAAAAGGACAGCGACAACCUUACAGCAUUAGUAACAAUACUCAUAGCAGUCCUGUCUAUAUUCCUAAUUGCAGCACUCGUAGGUGUGAUUAUAUUCCGUAAGCAAGUCAUGCGACCAUUCAGUCGUAAAUUCAAGAAAAGUAAAGUCGAUAAGGCCAAAAAGAGCAACCAAAGUAUUAAUGUCAUAACGCUGUCUGAUGAGAGCAGCAGGAACUCAAUGGUCAUGCAACAUUGGCAAGGUCCAUUAGCUUUUAAUAAUCGAUACACACCGUGGUCACAUGAUGACAUCCACGGACAGAUAUCAAAUUCAAGCUUCACAUAUAGUGGUGGUGGUGACAUCAAAGUGCCGGGAUAUGAUCGAUGGGAAUUCCCGCGUCAUCGACUUAAGGUCUUUAAUAUCCUUGGUGAAGGUGCAUUUGGGCAAGUUUGGAGAUGUGAAGCAUCAGAUAUUGAUGGUGUUGAGGGAAUAUCCACAGUUGCUGUAAAGACAUUAAAAGAAAAUGCAACAGAAGCUGAAAAGAAGGAUCUUAUGUCAGAAUUGCAAGUCAUGAAGACCCUCGAGACACAUGUGAAUGUUGUGAGGCUACUCGGAUGUUGCACUGAAAAAGAUCCAAUAUUUGUGAUUAUUGAGUAUGUAGCUUUGGGUAAGCUGCAACAGUUCCUGAGGAACUCAAGAGUUGAGAAGAAUUAUCAUAAUGCCAAUGGAAAGUCAAAGACACUUACGUCACGUGAUCUCGUAUCAUUUAUGUAUCAGGUUGCUAGGGGAAUGGAGUUCUUGUCGUCUAGGGCGAUCAUCCAUCGUGACUUAGCAGCCAGAAAUAUCCUCAUUACAGAAGACUUUACCUGCAAAAUUGCAGAUUUUGGAUUUGCAAGAGACAUCGAGACUUCAACAGUCUAUGAGAGAAAGACUGGUGGUCGUCAGCCUAUCAGAUGGAUGGCCAUAGAGUCACUCUAUGACAACAUAUUCUCAGUCAAGUCUGACGUCUGGGCAUUUGGAAUUCUCAUGUGGGAGAUAGCGACCCUCGGUUCAACGCCUUAUCCAGGCAUGGGUGCCGCAGAAGUGAUGAAAAAAGUACGAGACGGAUUUCGACUGGAGAAACCAGAACAUACGAGUAGGGAGAUUUACAAUUAUAUGUAUUAUUGCUGGGACGGUGACCCGAAGAACCGACCAGACUUUUCGGAAAUUCGAAGCAAUUUGGAUAAAUUGUUGUCGACAUCGACCGACUAUAUUGAACUUGAGAGAUUCCCUGAACAUGAUUAUUAUAAUAUUUUACAUAAUAUUAGUGGCGAAAAGCUCUAG